AUGUGGCUGCUCCCGGCGCUCCUGAUGCUUACCUUCCUGAGAGAAAGGGCAAGUGGCCUAGCCCCUGAGACCCGCAUUGUUGGGGGGACAGUCGCCUCACCCCACCAGUGGCCCUGGCAGGUCAGCCUCCGUGAGCAUGGGCAUCAUGUCUGCGGGGGCAGCCUCAUCAGUGCCCAGUGGGUGCUGACUGCCGCCCACUGCGUGACCAGCCCUAAGAGGACCAGAGACCUGAGCGUGCAGCUGGGGGAGGCGCUGCUCUACUCCCGUCCCCCAGGCUCAGCCUUGGUGCCUGUCGCCCACGCCAUCUGGCACCCCUCCUACAACGGGGAUGCGCUCCAGGGAGGGGACGUGGCCCUGCUGAAGCUGGCCCGCCCCAUCCCCUUUUCCCAUUCCAUCCAGCCUGUGCCGCUGGUCUCACCUGGCACCCACAUCCCCACAGGCACCCUGUGCUGGGUGGCCGGCUGGGGCGACAUCGAGCAGAGUGUGACCCUGCCCAAGCCUUCCUGGUUGCAGGAGGUGGACGUGCGCAUCAUCAGUCCCCAGAACUGUCAGCAGCUCUAUGCGCCCGAGCCGAUCUACCCCGAGAUGCUGUGCGCUGGCUACUUCCAGAGCAGAAAAGGAUUCUGUGAGGUCAGUCCUGAGGUGUCAUGA